AUGAUUGUAGGUUACAAUGAUGAUGAUCGCGAUCAUCCGAAGGGAAUAGAAAGAUGCUUUCAUACACAACUGGGAGAGCCAUGGAAACUCGACUUUUGGUGCUGUAUCGAAGAGCCUUCCCAUUGCUUUCCUGAGAUCGAACCACAACUGUGCCUCAAAGAGUGUCCUCCGCUUCGAAAAGGACCGUCUCCUUCGCCUGGUUACAAUCCAAAGGGAACAGAGAGAUGCUUUCAUAAACAACUGGGAUGGCCGGUGAAACUCGACUAUUUGUGUUGUAUCGAAAAGGCUUCCAAUUGCUUUCCUAAGAUGGAACCAGAACGUUGCCUCAAAGAGUGUCCCCCGCUUCGAAAAGGGGCAGCACCGUCUCCUCUAUAA